GAAAGUAGAGUGUUAUACACUAGUAAGUAAUAUAGAGAGAGAGAGAAAAAAUGCUGACCAUAAACACCGAACAACAACACUAUGAUCGCCUGAAAGAGGUGAAACAGUUCGACGAUUCCAAGGUCGGCGUCAAAGACCUGGUUGACUCCGGACUCACUUCCAUCCCUCGCUUUUUCCAUCACCCACCCGAAACCCUACCCGCCCAACCCACAACUACCUCCGCCCCUCGGACCAUUCCCGUCGUCGAUUUAUCAGAAUCCCGGUCGACAGUUAUUGAGCAGAUCAGACGGGCCUCGUCAACCCGCGGAUUCUUCCAGAUCAUCAAUCACGGCUUCCCCCAAGGCUCCCUCGACCACAUCAUCGCCGCCAUGAAAGAUUUCAACGAGCAACCGACGGAGAUAAAGGCGAAGUACUACCACAGAGAGUUAGGCAGCGGCGCAGCCUUCUCCUCCAACUUCCACUUGUACCACUCCAAGGCCGCCAGCUGGAGGGACACGUUUCAGAUAAGGUUGGCACCCAAUCCUCCCAACCAGGAUUCCGUUCCGGAGGUUUGCAGGGCAGCGAUGCCGGAGUGGAAUAGGGAGAUCGGACGGCUGGGAGAGGAACUGAUGGGGUUGUUGUCAGAGGGAUUGGGGUUGAUUACGGACAGGCUGAAGGAGUUAUCCUGUUUGGAUGUGAGGGUAAUUACGUCCCACUAUUACCCCUACUGUCAUCAGCCUGAUCUGACGAUUGGGAUCUCGUCUCACACAAAUCCAGGAGUUUUGACGGUGUUGCUGCACAACCAGAUAAAUGGGUUACAGGUUAAGUACAGUGAGAAUGAUUGGGUGGAUGUUGAACCUGUUUCUGGGGCUCUUGUCAUCAACAUUGGUGAUAUUCUGCAGAUUAUAUCCAAUGAUGAAUGCAGAAGCGUCGAGCAUCGAGUGUUAGCCAACCCACAUCUUGAGGCACGCGUCUCUAUUGCAGUUUUAUGCAACCCAGGCAUCAGAGAGAACUUGUAUGGACCACUGCCGGAGCUUAUGUCACCGGAAAAACCAGCUGUUUACCACCAAUUUACAUUAACAGACUUCAUGGGAAGAUUCUUCACGAAGGAGUUGGAUGGAAAGACCUUGACUAAUUACUAUAAACUCUGAUGCACAAAAGGACCAACGCUGGAUGGAUGAACAAGAAUUGCAGGUACCAUGUUUGUAUAAUCUGUAAAUUAACAAUAAUUGUGUUUUUGUUCAAUAUGGUCAGAAGGCACAACUAGUGAAAUAAUUACAUAAACAAACUCUGUAUGUAUUUUAUUUACUUACCGUAUAAUUUAUGUGUGAUGUAUGGUUGAUUAUCGCUUAU